ACCGAUAUGCAACUCGACACAGCUUCUAUGCAUCGCACAGCACAAMAGUGAGUUACGAUUCUACAGUCCACCGAUAGGCAACAUAAGAGGUUUUCUGCUGACGGAGAUGAAGUCACCUCUCAACUGUUCCCAGUGCUUGCCCACGUGCCACGAAAGUGUGUUUGAUCUGGAUAUGGAUUAUUCGUUGGAUUCGCUGCCACUGACGAGGAGAAGUUAUGGAUCUGUGGACAUAUUCUAUAGGAAUGAGGGAGCAGUGAAGUAUGAGAGGGACGUUACCUUCGGCUGGAUCGACUUGUUGGUGUCGUUUGGUGGCAUUGCUGGUCUGUUUUUGGGAUUUAGUUUGCUGACAAUCAUUGAGUUCGUGUACUGGGGCAUUAAGUUCCUMAUAUAUCAAUACAAUAAGCCUUUUUCAUCAACAAAUAAAAUAACACCUACAUAUUAAUAAUAGCACAUUUAUUAAAUGAUGAAACAGUAUGUUAU